AUGCAUGCUGUGAGGAUACUUCCAGGCUGCAGCGGCAGCUUCACUGCACGCUCAGUGCUGAUUAGGGAAUAUCGUCAACGCACAAUAUCCUCCUUUUCCGUGGGUCAGUUGGUACGGCAAUUCCGCCAGAAUGCAACACCAAAAGAUGCGGCGGCCGUUGUGGUUGGCGCCGGCCCCGCUGGGAUUGCGGUUGUGGGAAAUCUCCUGGAACAGAUCAAAGACGAUGGGAAAAUUGUGUGGGUAGAUGAGCAGUUCCAAGGGGGAAGAAUCAAUAAAUUUUAUCGCGAAGUGCCCGGUAACACUGCGGUAAAGCUCUUUGUUGACUAUGCCGAAGCUUUGAAGCCAUUUCAACACAUUCUCAACACAGCACACAAACCAAAUGCCAUCACGGCCCUUGAGAAGCUCCCUCAAAGCGGGACCUGCUCUCUCAGCUACGCAGGCGAUAUGCUCAACUUACUCACUGCCGGGUUGAGGCAACACCCCCGAAUCCAGACCGUGGAGGGAAAAGCUACCUCGGCUCAUCUCGACCCCCAGUCCAAACACUGGACUCUCACCACGACCUCCGAAUCAUCAUUAACCACAAGCCCACUGGUAGUCUACUGCACAGGCGCUUUCCCGUCCACCACUCCCCUCCCACCCUCCAGUCCACCAACGAUACCCCUCGACACAGCUCUUACCCCAUCCAUCCUAUCCACCACCAUUCCCCGCGACCAACCUUUCACCAUCGGCGUAAUAGGCGGCUCCCACUCUGCCAUCCUGGUGCUGAUGAACCUCUACAAACUCACAACCACAAGCCACCCAUUACUCAAGAUCAAAUGGUUCACCCGUCACCCCACCCUCCGAUAUGCCGUCCAAAAAGACGGCUACAUCCAAUACGACAACACGGGCUUGAAGGGCAAAGCUGCAGAGUUUGGAAGAACACAACUUGACGGGGACGUGCUACUCACUAGCGACGCAGGCAAAUUCAUCACACGAAUCGACUGCUCGGGAGGGAAAGAAAAGGAAUGGGCAUUGCUAGAGAGGGAGUUGAAAGAUUGCCAAGGGGUGGUGCAGGCUGUGGGGUAUACCCCAGCUCCCAUCCCUGAGGUGAGGAUAGGGGAUGGGAAAGAGGUCGUGAAGCUGAGGAAGGAUGCGAGGACAGGGGCUUUCUAUGCAGAGGAUGGGGAAAAGAAGUCGAUUGGGCUGUUUGGAGCGGGUAUUGCAUUCCCGGAGGAGGUUGAUACGCCGGAGGGGGAGAGGGAGUAUGCGGUGGGGAUGUGGAAGUUUAUGAAGUUUUUGAAGAGGGUUGUGCCGGAGUGGGUGGAGGGGAGCCGGGCUUAG